AUGGACUCCGCCAGCACCACCAGCCAAGGAGGUGCCGGCGGUGGCGGCUCCAAUUCGAGCGACUUCGUCCGCAAGCUGUACAAGAUGCUGGAAAACCCCUCCGACGAAAGCGUUGUGCGAUGGGGAAAUGAGGGCGACAGUUUUGUUGUUUUGGAGAACGAAAAGUUUACGAAGCACAUCCUGCCCAAGCAUUUUAAGCACAGCAACUUCGCCAGUUUCGUCAGACAGCUAAACAAAUAUGAUUUCCACAAAGUCCGGCACAACAACGAGGAGAACGGGCAGUCGCCCUAUGGCGCAGGAGCCUGGGAGUUCAAGCAUCCGGAUUUCAAGAUGAACAAUAAAGAUGCCCUGGACAAUAUUCGAAGGAAGGCGCCCGCACCGAGGAAGCCCGCCGCCAACCCCGAGGACAUGGUCAUUCCUACGCAGCAGAUGGACAUGUUCAACACGCAACUGAUGGCGACGCAACAGCAGCUCCAGCAGUUGCAGGAGCGCUAUAACGAGUUGAGCAUCCACCACUCGAUGCUUCUCCAGGAAUUGAUGGGGAUGCAGAAGACGAUUGUCAACCACGAGCACAUCAUGCAGAGCGUCAUGAGCUUCUUGCAUUCGGUCGAUGCUCAACGAAGGAGGGAUAGCAGACUGGUUAACCCGUUCCCGGGAGACGGUCCUGGAGCGCAGAAUGGGAACAUGGAUCCGUCAAACCAACAGAUGCCAUCCAUGGAAGAUGACGGCCCGGCCUCGCCUCUUCAGCAUGCUUCGAAAUUGCUCAGCGAAACGAACGCCGACGCGAUGCUCAACCCGCGUAACCUGGAGCACAUGAAUGAGCUGGCUAUGCGCAUGAACGGGACCCUCACCACGCCACCUCCGGAUAUGCUUCGCAAUGGCACCCGCCCAGCCAGUCGCAACGCCGCGCCCCAUUCGGCGAGCUCUUCAACAUCCAUUCGUCUGGGCGACAUUGACUCCCUCGUAUAUCCUGUCGGGCAGAACAACGGCAUCGAUCCCAUGUACAGCGAGCACAUCAACAACAUUCCUUAUCCGAUGCCGACCAAAGCGGUCGAAGGCAACAACAGCAGUGGUGGCAGCAACAACAACAACAACACCGCCGCCGCUGCCGCCGCCAGCAACAACGAUCCCAGAUUCCGCGCUGCGGAACACCGCAAGAAGAGCGCUCAAGUCGAUCCUGGUUGGAUUCGGCAGCCUCAGAUUUUGUUGGUUGAAGACGAUCACACUUGCCGGCGUAUUGGAAGCAAAUUCCUCUAUGCUUUCCAUUGCUCCAUCGACAGCGCACUGGACGGUUUGGAGGCUGUCAAUAAGAUGAACCAUGGAUCGAAGUACGACUUGGUUCUCAUGGAUAUCAUCAUGCCCAAUUUGGAUGGAGUGUCUGCUUGCCACUUGAUUCGGCAAUUCGAUUCGACGCCGAUCAUUGCCAUGACAUCCAACAUUCGUAGCGACGAUAUUUCGAUGUAUUUCCAGCAUGGUAUGAAUGACGUCUUGCCAAAACCUUUUACCAAAGAAGGCCUGCUGCAAAUGCUUGAAAAACAUCUUGCACACUUGAAGAAGCCAGGUCACGGCAUGGAUGCCAUGGUCCCCCCAGCAGUGCAAGCACCUCAACCGCUCCCGCAGAGUUCCAACAGGCCCUCUCUGAAAGACGAAGAUUCGCCCGCAAAGUCGCCCACAACUGGUAGCAAUUGGAACUCACCCAGCCAGAUGCCGGGUGUUUCUCCUGUCGGAAGCACGGUUGCUGAUGAGUAUAUGAGUACUGUUCCCGGUCAUCCGGGCGCCUACGGAGUUCCACCUGGUGCUGCGCCUCUACAAGCUGGCAUGCAGUACAAUACGUCCCCCCAAUUGGCGAUGGGAGCGCGGCAGCCGAGUGCUCAGCACCGAAGACAGAUAUCCGAGAUUUCCGGGGGAGACGACAUGAACGCACCGAACAAGCGGCAGCAGCUCUACGCCAAUGCACAGCUUCAACCCCAAGCCAUGAAUCCAAUGCAAAGGCCACGAUAA